AUCGCAUCGAUCAGUUGAGAGCUGAGACUGUGCGCGCAGCAUGAGGGCUACGGAUCUGCUAUUGAUCGGCUUUCUCUUUGUCCACUUGCUCCCCACCGGAUUCUGCCAGAAGUUUUGCGCCCCCCGCGCCGUGGUUACGUCCCUAGUGCGAGCUACAGUGUACCGCAGUGGGCGAACAUUGCCCGAUAUCUGCGGCACUGCCUACGAUGAAUUUCGCAUCCAGCUGGAAUAUGUUGCAGUGAGGAACAUGGAGUUGGGCAAAGGAUGCUCCGUGGUCUCGCUACCGGUGGGACACGAGUGUAGCUCAAGUGAGCGAAAAGCGGUUGUGGAUAUACCUGUGAAUCUCACCUGCAACGACGAGUGUAUUCCGUUUGAGAGUAGCAGGCAGUUGGAGCUGUUAAGCAGGAUGCACAGGAAUAGAUUAGUGGGUGAGGUUCGUAGGAGACAGACAAAGGAGGCAGUGAUACAGGGACAGAGAGUCAGACUGGUCUACAAGAAAGGCCCAAAGACUUACUUUGAGUACUGUCCAGCCGGUGUGGCCUCGACGGUCGACUCAAACCUCCUCUGUGAUUGUGGUACGAGGUGUUGUUUUGGAGACCUGGUGUUCAGUGAGUGUGCCAGUCCCUGCCCCAGGACCUGCGACAACAUCUUUGGCCCUCCUGUAGCCUGCCUUGCCAUCUGUCUGCAAGGCUGUGCGUGUCCCGAUAACAUGGUUCAAGAUGGGAACAAGUGCAUGCUUCCCACCGAGUGCCCCAACAGCCAGUGUCUCCUACCUCCCGACGUUGGAACUGGCAGGGCUGUCCUGCGAGACUAUUACUACUACAAUGGAGAGAACCAGCGCUGCGAGCGACUGCGCUACAGUGGGUGCGGUGGGAACGAGAACCACUUUCGCUCAGAGCUCCAGUGUCAGGCACAAUGCUCUGACCCCAGAUGUCGAGGUGACUACGUUCUGACUGACUGUGCCACGUCCUGCGGGCUCUCUUGCGAGAACUACCACCUCCCACUCGAGCAGCGGCCACUGUGCGGCGGGUUCUGCUUCGAGGGCUGUUUCUGUCCGCCCGGUCUCAUACCAGUGAGAACCGACGGCGAAAACAACGAAUGUGCCAAGCCCGAGGAGUGCCCCCGAGCUCUCUGUCCCCGCGGCCAGAUCUUCAGACACUGUGCCGGGAACUGCGGCCUCUCCUGCGAGAAUCACCACCUCCCUCCGAGACUCCGGCCUGUCUCCGACUUCUGUUUCCCGGGCUGUUCCUGUGAGGAUGGUCUCAUUCCGGCGGGGCCAUACUCGGACCGCUGCGUUCCUCCGGACAGGUGUUGGACUGCCGUCUGUACCAUGAGACGCCAGAGCCGCCCCUGCAAUGAGUCGGAAUCGACAGUGCGGUAUUACUUCAACCAAGCGAGAGGUCGCUGUCAAAGGUUCUAUGGAUGUAGGGAGAGAGGAAUCAACAACUUCCGCUCUCUGGAGGACUGCCGAGACCGCUGUGAACCGACUCAGAGACCUCAAAGACCAACCAUAUCACCUCCUCAGACACCUCCCAGACCAUCACCUACCCCAAGCACACCCGAGUGUCCAGGAGUGAAGGAGUACAGAGAGUGUGGCACAGCAUGUCCUCGGACUUGUGGCAACAUCAACACAACUUUCGGGUGCACCUUGCAGUGUGUCCAAGGUUGUUUCUGUCCACGUGGGCUGGUGGAAUAUGGAGAACACUGUGUCCCACCACAGUUUUGCCCUAGUGAGAUCUCAAGACCUCCAAGACCAUCCCCAACUCCAGGGACACCUCAGUGUCCAGGGGUCAAGGAGUUCAACGAGUGUGGUACUGCAUGUCCCCUGACCUGUGACAAUCCCGGUCCACAGAUAUGCACCUUCCAGUGUGUUCGAGGCUGUUUCUGUCCAUCUGGGUUGGUUGAACUGGACGACACCUGUGUCCCUGCAGAGUUCUGUCCAAAUCAAGAUGAUGGGUCAGCAGUAGGGACAACAGCCAUACCUUUUACUGGAGAGCCGCCACACACAGAAGAUGAUGGGUCAGCAGUAGGGACAACAGCCAUACCUUUUACUGGAGAGAGUGUUGUAACUGGAGACCCACCAGUAACUGGAGAGCCGCCACACACAGAAGAUCUACCAAAAGGUGGACGACCGACAGGACCACCGUCAAGCGGACGACCGACAGGACCACCGCCGGGCUGGAAGACCAACAGGACCACCGUCAAGUGGAAGACCAACAGGACCACCGUCAAGUGGAAGACCAACAGGACCACCGUCAGGCGGAAGACCGACAGGACCACCGUCGGGCGGAAGACCAACAGGACCAUCAUUACCACGACCACCUCCUAUGUGUCCUCCAGGGAAGAGGUUCAGUUCCUGCGGUACAGCCUGUCCGUCCACUUGUGACAAUUAUAACAACGUUUCCAUUGGCUGCACACUACAGUGUGUUGAAGGUUGUUUCUGUAGAGGAGGGAUGGUGGAGCACGAGGGAGGCUGUGUGAUGCCACAGGAGUGUCCCAACCAUCGCUGCCAACAGCGAGUAGACCCUGGGCCUUGCAGGGGGAGUUUCCCUAAGUACUACUACAACAGUUACACAAAGAAAUGUGAGAACUUUACCUACGGAGGUUGUGCUGGAAACGAUAACAGAUUUGAAACUCUGGAGGAAUGCCAGGAGGAGUGCCCUGAGGCCGAGUGUCCUGGAGAUAAAGUGUUCACUCGCUGUGGGUCUGCCUGCCCACGUACCUGUGACAACAGAGAUGAGCUAACAUUCUGCACUCUCCAGUGUGUCGAGGGCUGCCAGUGUCCACCAGGGACAGUGGCUCUGGGGGACAGGUGUGUGGCAGAAGAAGAGUGCCCCAGCUUCAGUCACUGCCUGGAGCCCAUCACAACUGGCCCUUGCCGUGCAUCCAUCCCCGCCUUUGGCUACAAUGUCACCACUGGUCGCUGUGAGCGGUUCAUCUAUGGUGGAUGUGAAGGGAACAACAACAACUUCUGCACUCGAGAUGAGUGCAAAAACGUUUGUGAUCCCUGUCGCUAUGCUAACUGUGAUCGAGAUGAGGACUGUCUAGUGGACCAGUCUACGGGGGAGAUAUACUGCAGUCCCAGCUGUACACGAGGCAAUCCGUGCCGACCUAGCGAGAGAUGUGUCCUGGAGCCUGUGCAGUGUCUCAUCCCUCCCUGCCCAGUCAUAAGAUCAUGUGUAGAUGACUUCUGUAGUCGUGUGAGGUGUGCAGGACCACCUUCUGACUGUCAACGUGUGGUACCUGCUGAUCCUGACCGAGGAAUCUGCUGCCCCUCCUGUAGUGAGUAGUAUACACAUGUUUUCUUCAAGUGUAAACCUGUUUCUGACUUAUUAGCCCUAGCGGAUUGCAUGCGUGGCAAGGAUUACUUGUUUGUGUCCGUCUUCUUCUACCGCCACUCAUAUUACAUGGUGACAUAUUCCCCGUGAAAUCUCUC